AUGAUUCGUCAAUUAGCAUUACGUCAAACAACUACUUUAAGAGCUGGUCUUGUUCCAGCCACUAGAUACAUUAGUACUACCCCAGCUAGAUAUUCCAUCAUUGGUAGUGCUAAGGAAGUCUUGCAUAAGGCCAACAAAAAGAUAGGUGAGGUUGCUGCAGAAGGUAUCGAUAAGACACAAAAGGCUGCCCCACAUAGUGUUGGUGAAGCUGCGGAAAAGAUAAACAAGAAGACCGGUGAAGUGCUUGCAGAAGGUAUCGAUAAGACCCAAAAGGCUGCUCCAGGUAGCGUUGGUGAAGCUGCAGAAAAGGUUAAUAAGAAGACCGGUGAAGUGCUUGCAGAAGGUAUUAAGAAAACUGAACAAGCUGGACAUAAGGCUCGUGUUUCGCAAAACGCUAAGGGCUACGAAAGCUUACAGGAUAAGGGUAGAAAGGCUGAAACCGAACAAAAUCGUCCAGAUGAUGCUUUAUAG